AUUGGAUACUUGGGAAUUUUUUGGUUGCUUUCCUUCUCACUCUAGGUUACUAGGCGUGUGGACUAAAUCUAAAAGACUAUUACAUAUAGGCGAUGACUGAUAAUUAAGGCGUUGAAUUUAGCUAAAGGGAUGGAGUUUGAGGAUCAAGAAGAGGAGCAUGAAGAAGAGAUUGGAUUGGCACCGACAGGUUACGACUCACUAGGGAACUCGAACUCAACUCGUCCGACGACAAAAAUGCCCAGCCACUCGACAGAAGCGAUACCUCAGAUGAAGCCCAGGUACAAAGAGUGUUUGAAAAAUCACGCUGUGGGCAUUGGAGGCCACUCGGUGGAUGGCUGCGGCGAGUUCAUGGCUGCCGGAGCUGAGGGUUCCAUGGAAGCUCUCAUAUGCGCCGCCUGUAACUGCCACCGCAAUUUCCACCGGAAAGAAGCCUCCGAAAGCCAGCAACAACGGCUACUCUUGGCCCACCACCCUCAAAGGCAUUUUGGCUACACCAGCCCAACUGGGUACCUCCAUAUUGCUGCUGCACCCCAGCAGCAGCAGCCGAGGGUGGCUGCGCUGCCCUUACCUUUCACCUCAGGUGGCGGAAUUGGCUCAAGAGACGAGCUCGAGGACUAUUACUCUAACCCGAGUAGCAGCGCGGGGAAGAAGAGAUUCAGGACCAAGUUUACAGCAGAACAGAAGGAAAAAAUGCUGAAUUUAGCCGAGAGAUUAGGGUGGAAGAUGCAGAAGGAAGAUGAAGAACUGGUGCAGCAAUUCUGCAAUGAAGUUGGAGUGAAAAGGCAAGUGCUUAAAGUGUGGAUGCAUAACAACAAGCAGAAUCUUGAGUACAUGCAGGAGCAAAAACUAUUAGCAGAAGGGCAAGAUUUCAUUGUCAUUAGCUAGGGUUUUUCUAUCAAUUUGGAUUGUUAUUUAGCUGCAUCUUCGACUCUGUGGACUCUAUUUUGAAGCAGAAUUUUGGGGUUAAGUUUGAGAAGCGAUAUUGAAGAGUCUAAGGUUUAUUGAAUGUGUCUCAAACUUUUUGAUGAAAUUAAACAUGAUUUGAAGCUCAUGACAAGGGAAUUAAUGUGGCAUUGUGUGACAUUUUUAUUUAUUUUUUAUUGAAUUUCAGUUAAAAACUUUGUGUUGCAAAAUUAGCUACAUUUUACCCUCUUGUUUUGGAUCACCAUCUUUGGCUUACUUUACCUCUAUUUUAAGUUUGUGGGAUGAGUUAAAAGAGUUCACUUCUUCCCAGCUAAGUUCUAGUUUUGAUUGUGAGCAUUUUGAUGUGAUUAAUCUUUGGACAAAUUAGUUUGAUGUUGUAACUUGUAAGAAAGCAUAGAGUCUACGGGUCAAUUUCUUUUGAAAAAUA